UCUAUCUCUCUCUCUUUCUCUCUGAUCUCUCUCUCACACACAAUUAUACAAACACACGCAAAAUGGGAAACCACAGAAGCCCUCUUCUUCUUGCACUUGUGUCUGUCUUCUUUUAUUCCUCAGUCGUAUUAGCUGCUCCAGUGACAUACAAUGUGGUCAGCUUAGGAGCCAAAGGAGACGGCAAGACGGACUCUACCCGGGCUUUCCUUGCUGCAUGGACGAAAGCUUGCGCCUCCGUAAGCCCCGUCACCAUUUACGUGCCGGCGGGGAAAUUCUAUCUUCGCCAGGUGGUUUUCAACGGGCCAUGCAGGAACAAGGCGAUCUUUAUCCGCAUCGAUGCCACGCUUGUGGCCCCAUCGGACUAUAGGGUCCUCGGAAAUUCCGGUAACUGGCUCGUCUUCCGCCACGUUACUGGGGUUACAUUAUCUGGUGGGAUUCUUGAUGGCCAAGGCACUGGCUUGUGGGCUUGCAAGGCCUCAGGCAAGAGUUGCCCCACCGGUGCAACGACACUUCAAUUUUCCAACUCCAACAACAUCAUGGUGAGUGGAUUAACCUCCCUAAACAGCCAGAUGUUCCACAUCGUCGUCAAUGGCUGCCGCAACGUGAAAAUGCAAGGCGUCAAGGUCUUCGCCAAUGGCAACAGCCCAAACACCGAUGGCAUUCACGUGCAGUCAUCGUCAGGAGUCACCAUCCUCAACUCCAAGAUCCAAACCGGCGAUGAUUGCAUCUCAAUUGGCCCCGGUGCCACCAACUUGUGGAUUGAGAACAUUGCCUGCGGACCUGGUCAUGGAAUUAGCAUUGGAAGUCUAGGGAAGGACCUAAAAGAGGCAUGCGUGCAGAAUGUGACAGUGAAAACAACUACUUUCACGGGUACUCAGAAUGGGGUGAGGAUCAAGACUUGGGGAAGGGCCAGCAAUGGUUUUGCUAGGAACAUUCUUUUUCAACAUGCAUUCAUGGUGAAUGUACAGAAUCCCAUUAUAAUUGAUCAAAACUACUGCCCCGACAACAAAGGUUGCCCUAGACAGGGUUCUGGCGUAAAAAUUAGUGACGUGACAUACCAAGACAUCCAUGGAUCAUCAGCGACACAAGUUGCAGUGAAAUUUGAUUGCAGUUCGAGGAACCCCUGCAGCAAAAUAAAGUUAGAAAACGUGAAGCUAACUUAUCAGAAUCAAGCAGCCAAAUCUUCGUGUAACCAUGCAGCCGGGGCAGCUUCUGGUGUGGUCCAGCCCACAAGUUGCUUGUAGUGGGGGAAAGAUAUAUGCAAAUUCGGGUCUUAAAAUUAAUUAAGCUUAGAAAAGGAAUCUCUAUAGUUUUGUCCUUACAUUUCUAGGACAAAAAUGGUACUCUAUGUAUAGUGUGAAUAUUAGUUUGGUAGGUCAUUGAAGAAGGCCUAUUGCUCGAGUCUGUGGCGUACGUUGAUAGCCCAUUGGGCUUUCUUGGAGCCUGGCCUUGCAAUCAGCAUAUGUAUUCGUUUGAGAUUUGUUGGAUUCAG